AUGGUGGUAGAAGGAAGGGGACGCUAUGAAAUGGCAGGUACCUGCCCACACCUCAGGAGCCAAGGCCAAGCAGAAAGCAUGGAUCAAGUACAAGAAAUUCAACAGUACAGGAAGUUCAGUGCGGACCUAUCACCUGGUGAUGUUUUUGUGGUCCCAGCUGCUCAUCCUACUGUUAUUGUUGCCCAAAACAACAACAAAAACAACAAUGGCAACCAAAACCAGAACCUGAGGCUGGUGGGGUUUGGAAUCAAUGCUCAAAACAACAUGAGGAACUUCGUUGCAGGGCAAGAGAACAACAUAAUGAAGGAGAUGGAGAGAGAGGCUAAGCAGCUGGCAUUUGGUCAGGAAAUGGAACAGAUAUUCAGCAAGCAGAAGCAAUCUUACUUCGUGCCGAUCCAGCAGAGCCGCCUGGCUUCAGCUUUGGACUUCUAA